AUGGCAUCCAACCCACUAACAGCCCUCUACAAAGAGAAAAACGGCUCGAAAAUAACAACAGACAUCUACAUACCCCAAACUCAAUCUAACAAGAAUGUAAAUGUAAAAUACCCUGUCUUAAUCAACAUCCACGGCGGAGCAUUCAUGCUCGGCAACUCACGCAUGGUCUCCAUCCCCCAGAUCGAGGACUGUCUAUCCCGGGGCUGGAUUGUAGUGGUCCCCAACCAUCGUCUCUGUCCCGGGGUGAAUAUCCUCGAGGGCCCGGUGGAGGAUUGUCGGGAUCUCCUGACCUGGGUGUAUGAUGGUAGACUGGAGGGGUUUCUACGCGAUCAGGGGGUGGGAAUGGGCUACGACGUCCCCAAACCACCGAGAGCAAUUCUCGAUUUCUACGGCGCAGUCCAUUUCACACAUCCCUUCUGGACCAAACCCCUCCCGCAUGUAGCUGAGAAGUUAUCCCCGGGUCUGUCCCCGGAGUUUAUGAACCGGGUUUACGAGGAGGAUCCGGUUCCCACGGAUAGUUCUAUCUCGCUCGAGGGCCAGACGGAGUCUGGACGGGCUAAGGGGCCGGACUUUUCGCGUCCGCGGGAUGCGUUUGCGUUUAUGCAGAUUGCGAACGGGCGGGUGUUGAGUGCUUGUUUUCCUGGGCGGGAUGUGAGGGAGAUUGAUCCUGUGUGCUGCAUUCGGGAGAGGUUUCCUCCUACGUGUGUUGUGCAUGGGGUUGAGGAUCGGAUGGUUCCAAUUUACUUGAGUAGGGAGUUGGUGAGGGUUCUGGAGGAGAACGGAACAGAGUGUGAGAUGGUAGAAGUUCCCGGGGAGGAUCAUACGUUUGCGAUGGGAAUGGAGGUUGGGUCUAGGACUUGGGAGUUGCAGAGAAGGGGGUUUGAUUUCUUGGAGAUGGUUAUUAAUCGAGAGUAG